CGAUAGACGCCUAUACGCAAGGCAUAGGUUUAUAUAAAAUUGAAGCCACAUUGAAAAUCUGUCAUUAGUUUUAGUUUUUUCCCGAAGUCUGUGUGAUUUUGCUAUCUUAUCGAGGCCUGUGGCAUAUCUUGACUCUUUCUCGGAGCAUCAACUUGCCAAAAUGCGCGCUUUUGUGACGUUCUUAUGUCUCGCGACUGCUGUUGCGACGGUGGCUUCGUUUGCCAUAAUGCAGAAUCCCGAUGAAAGGGCUUUGCUGACAGAUGACGACCAGGAGAUGUUGGAACUCUUGGAGAUUGAUCUGGCUAAAAAGGCUGCCCAUGACUUGGCUCAGUUACAGACUGUCGAUCAGGCAUUGGAGAAGCGUGCUCCGAGCGGAACCGGUUCCUGCUCCGUAAAUGGCUACACUUCGGAGUGCUGCGGUAGCUUGUCCUUCAAGGUUCUUUGGGAACAAGUGAAUCUGGAUGCUUGCGUGCUCGGCGAGGUCCUCCCAGAUGAAUACGGUAUCCGUGUCAGACUGAAUGUCCUCGGACAAACCAUCAUUGACGAAACCGUGUCAGCUCAUAAUCCGCCAGCGCUUUGUUCGAGUGUGCCGGGUGUCAAGCUGGCUUCAGUCUGCGUGGACUUGAGUGACCUGGAGUGGGAAAACAACAACUUCAGUGGCUGCGUCGCGCUGCUGGCCAAGGUGUUCGGCGCCACUGUGCUCAAUGUCGACUUGGGAUGCUAUAGCAUUUAGAGGCGAGGUCUCUAUCAGAGACUGGUUGCCGUAAGCCACCAUGGCUACAAUCAAAAUGACCGAUGUUUUCUCACAAGCAUUUUCGUCAGCCGUCUUAAAUUAAGCAUUUGCACCAUUACCACUAGUAAUUCCACUAAUAAUUAAAACACAUGUAUCUUCAAAGUAAAUUCUUUUAUUGUAGAUUGGCAAUGCAUCAAG